ACCUAGUUCCGUUCUGUCCGACUUGUCAAUGUCAAAGUUAAGUCAACUCGUGUUUCUUGACUCUUCCACGACGAUUUUCACAGUGGAUAAUUUUUACUUUAUAAUCGGAUGUAAACAUCCCUUUAAAGCCGCAGCUUCUCCUGCGAAAGUAAAUUUAUUAUUUAAGACAUAAAAUUACAGAUAUAACUUAGUUACUGUUGAUAUAAGGACAUAGCGUAACAUAACCAUGCCUCCGAAAAAAGCUGGCAAUUCUGCCAGUAAAAAGACUGAGCAGAAGAAAAAGGAAAAAGUCAUUGAGGACAAAACAUUUGGAUUAAAAAACAAAAAGGGAGCCAAACAGCAAAAGUUUAUUCAGCAAGUGGAAAAACAAGUCAAGAGUGGUGGCAUACACCCUGCCAAGCCUAUGGAAGAUAAGAAAAAGGAUAAGGAAACUAAACUUAAGGAACAGAAGGAAUUAGCUUUGUUGUUCAAGCCAGUGCAAACACAGAAGGUUGAAAAAGGUAUUGAUCCCAAAUCAGUGGUAUGUGCUUUCUUCAAGCAAGGGCAAUGUACUAAGGGUGAUAGGUGCAAAUUUUCCCAUGACCUGACUAUCGAAAGAAAGGCUGAGAAGAGGUCCUUGUAUGUGGACAUGAGGGAUGAUGAUGAUGAUGACAAUAUGGACAAUUGGGAUGAAGAAAAGCUCAAAGAGGUUGUUGAAAAGAAACAUGCGGAAGACAAACAACGCCCAACGACUGACAUUAUCUGCAAACAUUUCUUGGAAGCUGUCGAAAAAUCUAAAUAUGGUUGGUUCUGGGAGUGCCCCUCGGGUUCGAAAUGUAUAUACAGGCAUGCACUGCCAGCUGGCUUCGUUUUGAAACGAGAUAAAAAGAAAAUGGAAGAGAAAAAGAAUGAGAUAUCUCUUGUUGAUUUAAUAGAAAAGGAAAGGGCUGCCUUAGGCCCGAAUCAAACUAAGAUUACUCUAGAAACCUUCCUUGCCUGGAAGAAGAAGAAGAUCAAAGAGAAACAGGAAGCACUUACCAAAGCAGAGGAGCAAAAGAGAAACGAUUUCAAGGCUGGCCGAGCUGUUGGGCUGUCUGGCCGAGAGAUGUUCUCGUUCGAUCCUGCGUUGGCAGCCGAUGCGGAUGACGAUGAUGAGACCUUCGAUCUGCGCAACUACGAUCAAGAUGACGAUGAACAAGAUGUCACCGAGUACCGAGACAUUCAGCUGGAUCUCAUUAACAUGGAGGCCUCCGAAGUGGACGAUUCAGGAACGAAAGCCACAGAGGAUAGAUUACAUCAAAACAAAAAGGGUCUUGAAAACGGUGAGGCAACUGAAAGCAACACUGACGAGACAUCUCCCGACUCUGGUGCGGUACCAAUCAAUGAGAACCUGUUCCUUGAUGAAGAUUUAGAUGAAGAACUUCAGAAUUUGGAUUUGGAAGACUAGUUCUAAAUAAUGGUCAAUCUUUAAACAUUGACAGAUUCAUCUAAGGUCAUUUUAAAAUAUGAAGCGUAUUUUUCAUCGAUGGUUCGGCAUAUAAUGUACACCUAACAUUGCAUCAUAUUAAACAAUAAAGAGUAAAUAUAGCAGA